AUAAAGUAUCCAAAUAUGGAAUCAAUCUUGAAGACUACUAGUAAGGUUCCCAUUCUUGAUUUCACGAGCCAGCAAGACUUGAAGCCAAACACGUCUGCGUGGCGUUCCAUUUCCAGAGAGGCUUGUGAAGCUUUGGAGGAAUACGGCUGUUUCGUGGCGGUUUACGAUGGAGUAACGCAGAAACUAGAAGAUAACGUCUUUGCCGCUGCUAAGGAUCUGUUCCAUCUCCCAACCGAGACUAAGAUGAAGAACGUAAACGAGAAGCCUUACCACGGCUACGUUGGUCAAAUGCCUAUAAUCCCUCUUCACGAAGGCCUUGGAAUUGAUUAUGUUACCAACAAAGAAGAUGCUCAGAGAUUCACUAAUCUCAUGUGGCCUCAAGGAAACGAUCAGUUUUGCAAAACUAUACAUAGUUUCUCAAACGCAGUUGCGGAACUAGACAAGCUAGUGGUGAGGAUGAUAUUCGAGAACUACGGUGUUGAGAAACACUACGAAUCGCACGUCGGAUCAAAGACUUACCUACUCAAGUUCCUCAUGUAUUUGGCUCCACCAGAGUCUAUCUCAAUGCCAGCUUUUCCUCAGCACACAGACAAGACCUUCUUAACGAUACUUCACCAAAACGAUGUAAAUGGUUUAGAGGUGAAAUCAAAAGACGGUGAAUGGAUCUCCCUUCAACUCCCACUCAAGUCAUACGUCGUCAUGGCCGGUGACAUCUCUAUGGGUUGGAGCAAUGACAGGAUACGUUCUUGUGUACAUAGAGUGACAAUGGAAGGAGACAAGGUGAGGUACAGUAUUGGUCUUUUCUCGUUCCUUACGGGAUUGGUUUCGAUCCCUGAGGAGCUUGUGGAUGACGAACAUCCUCUUAUGUAUAAGCCAUUCGACAACAUCGCUCUCAUAAACUUCUUUGCAACCAAAGAAGGCCGUGAAACGAAUUCCACUCUCAAAGCAUAUUGUGGUGUCUAAAAAGCAUAUGUGUAAUGUAAUGAUCAAAGUGAUAUAGAUCUUUUACAAUUAUGAAUGUUAUAAUCUCAUUGAUCAAAGUGAUAAUGUUUUAUAAUUAAUCUGAUUGGAUCUCUACUUACAAA